AUGACGUGCCGGGACAUCCACGCCACGAAUGCCUUCUCCUUCAUCAUUGCCUUUGUGUCUGUGGGGGGCAUUGUGGUGGCCUCUCUCAUCCCACAGUGGAGAGUGACCAGGCUUGUCACCUUUAACCGGAACGCUAAGAAUAUCAGCGUGUACGACGGGCUCUGGGCUAAAUGUGUCAAACAGGAUGGCUAUUCAGGAUGCUAUUACUAUGACUCAGAGUGGUACUCAAAGGUGGACCAGCUGGACUUGCGUCUCUUGCAGUUCUGCCUGCCCACCGGUCUGCUGCUGGGGUCCCUGGCUUUACUGCUCUGUAUGACUGGUAUGUGCAAAACCUGCUGCUGCUCUGGCAAACCGGACCCGGAUCUCAAGACCACGCGGUGCUUAGUAAACACCGCCGGGUGCCAUCUCGUCGCAGCCAUGUUUUUAUUUUUGAGCGGAGCUAUCGCCAUGGCGCCUUCUGUGUGGUUCCUGUUCCGUACGAAGCAGAUGAACGCACAAUACGACAACAUAUUCUCCGAUGGGUUUGCGGUUUAUGUUUCUAUCGGCUGCUCCGGCGGACUCAUGCUGUCGUCCCUGCUGAUGCUAAUGUGGUAUUGCAUGUGCAAGAAGCUGCCGUCGCCCUUUUGGUUGCCGCUGCCUACAAUGCCUAAUUCAGUGUCCACUCAGCCUCUCACCGCCAACGGAUUCCCCCCGUCUCCAGUCUACGGACCUCAACAGUUCCCUCCUCAAACUUACCCUCCCACAGUGAUUGAAACGCAGCCUUAUGUAGCGGCUCAGAGCUAUGCCCAAAGCGUAGCUCCGGUCCCCGUGCAGGUCUACAUGCCCCAAAGAUCUGCCCAGAUCUGCUCAGACGGUUAUGGGUCAGAAGUGGGCGGCCCGCACUCAUACAGCUACGCGCCAUCUCAGAGUUAUGCCCCGUCGCAAAGUUACGCGCCUUCGCAAUCGUAUGCACCAAGCUACGCAGGGCACCGCUACUCCUCGCGCUCUCGGACGUCCGCCAUUGAAAUUGACAUACCCGUGCUAACACAGUGA